AUGGCUAAAGAUCUGCUCGUCAAAACUGUCGAGACCAACACGCAACGGAAGUCCAGAAGAGCUACAGGAGAAAUUCCUUACCCUAUAAAAUACACCAAUCAAAUGGCUGACUUUGAUAUUUGGGAUCAUAAAUUUCUGGCCAAUUACUUCGGUGGUUUGACCAAUCACCAUUUUCAAGAUCCUCCGCAAAUGGUUCUCGACCUUGGAUGUGGCACUGGCUAUUGGGCGAUUGAAGCCGCUCAGCAAUGGCCCAAUUCAAAGAUAUACGGCUACGAUGUUGCCAACGUGCAACCUUGCCUCGAACAUAUGGGCAAGUUCAAGCCACUGUCACGAAGGAUUCAGUGGGUGCAUGGAAAUUUCUUGGAUGGAUUACCCUUUCCAUCAAACCACUUUGAUCUUAUCCGAAUGGCCGGGCUAGGUCUAGCCAUACCCGAAGAUGAAUGUACGGUCCUAUUGGAGGACGUCCACCGCAUCUUGAAGCCUGAUGGCGUCCUUGAAAUAAUUGAAGAAGAACUUCUUUUUCCAUGCUCGUCAAUACUUUUACAACGACCCUCCCAUCAAACAACAUCUUAUGAACAUAUAAUCGGACCUCGUACCCGAGCACUUUCUCUUGCGACAUCCCUGGACUCAUUAACUGAAUCAAUGCAUCUAAAAUUCAAACCUCCGUCGAAAAUAUCUCUUACUCACCCAUCGACUGGGAUAUCAUCUGCAGCUACUCUAGCUACUUCGUCUGCCUCCAGCUUUUUGGAGACCGAACAUCCUCAAGACCAUACCCGUCUCAAAAUGGCUUGGGAUGCAAUGCUUGCAAUGCGCUUUCUUUCCCCCAAGCUUCUCUCGGUCAUACCUUUUUAUUUGACUUCGGCGUCUUUUAAUCACAUCAAGACGCAGCCGUCUUUGGUGAUCCCAUUGCCUCAAAAUUCUGGAAUCAUACCGGUUGUGGAUGUGUAUCGGCCAACGGGAUCAUUCCAUGGCAAUGAAUCUCAAAAGUCCUUGGUUACAGAAUGUCUUCCAAUGUCGAAGUCGGAGUGGACUCCCCCUCGCUCGCCAGGUUUUACUCCUAAAGUUGCAUCGUCGGAUUGGAGUAUGAUGCACCUCGGGAAAACAGUCAGUACUAUCCGAGGAUGCAAAGAAGCAAUAUGGAAGGAAUAUGAAAAGUUGUAUUCUGAUGAUGCACUUUAUUUACUCUCAAGGACGGCCCCGGGUGAAGAGGAUUACUCUUUACAGCAGCCGCAUCACAUUGCACGCAAAUCUUUCGAAGUGGACUGGAGAAACUGGGAACUUGAUAUGAUUGACCGUAUCGGCAUGCGUGAUAGUCUACUGACACGUUUGCAAUGGGCACAGUCGAUCCCUGACACAGAACGAGACCGUCCCGAUUGGGUUACAUGGAGAGAGAAACUAAACCGAAAGUCUGGUUCACGCCAUCUCAUCACAGGAUACAAUCCCUCCGACACGUGCAGAUCCUUACGCGUUUUUAACGCGUUCAAGUGA